AUGGGCACUUUCACGGAGCAGCAAAUGCUCACCGAGGAAAAGAAAGCACAAGCAGAAAACACACGGGCCGAAGCGAAACGCUUGGCUGCGCGCAGGAAGCGAAAGAAGACAGAGUUGUCUCCCCAGGAAAGGGCUCGAAAAGCUAAGGAGCUUGACGAGCUCCUGCGCAAAUCCAAGAUCUUCAGUGACAUCUUGACUCAAAAGACGAAAGCGCUUGGCCGAGUUGGCCGCGACUUUGAUAACCAGGCUCUUGCAGAUGCGGGAUUGGCACUCAAGGACCAACCCAAAAUAAUGUCGGGGGGCACCAUGCGAGAUUACCAGCUGGAAGGCCUCACAUGGAUGUAUGAGAUAUGUCUCCAAGGCAUGAGCGGUAUCCUAGCGGAUGAGAUGGGUUUAGGUAAAACUAUACAGGUUAUCUCAUUAGUUGCCCUCUUGCGAGAACAGGAGGAAUAUUUCGGCCCCCAUCUUGUCAUCGCCCCUCUGAGCACUCUAUCAAAUUGGCAGGAUGAAUUUCGAAAAUGGACUCCAACUAUUCCGUUUGUUUUGUACCAUGGAACCAUCGAGGAGCGCCAGCAGAUAUUUCGAGAUAAGAUCAUGAAACACUAUCAGAAAGGCAGUCCUACUCAGAGGUUCCCCGUUGUAUGCACAUCAUAUGAGAUGGUUUUACGAGAUCGCGCAGCCCUUUCUAAGAUUGAUUGGGCAUUCAUUGUUGUGGAUGAGGGACACAGGAUGAAGAAUGCAGACGCCAAGCUUUUCAGAGAACUUCAACAAUUCAAAUCAGCUACUCGCCUACUCAUCACGGGAACACCAUUACAAAACAAUUUGAAGGAAUUGUGGUCGCUUCUACACUUUCUGAUGCCUGAGACCUUCCUAGAUUGGGAGGCGUUUGAGGUUUGGUUCGAUUUCAGUGACCUGCAGGAUGAAGAAGGGACGGCUCAAUUCAUAGAGGAUAAGGAGAGCCAAUCCCUUGUCUCUAAGAUUCAUAAAGUUCUUCAGCCAUUGCUACUUCGGAGAAUCAAGGCCGAUGUCGCCGCCUAUUUACCUAAGAAGCGUGAAUAUGUGCUCUACGCACCGAUGACCAAAGAGCAGACCGAUCUCUACAACGUUAUCAAUGACAAAAAGACCGACACAAGAACAUAUCUGGAGAAUAAAGUUGUGGAAAGAUUGACGGAGACCUCCAAUACUCCGAAUAGCUCCAAGAGAUCUAGUCGGCAAUCAUCACGCGCAGCUAGCUCGCAUAAUGCUGAGACACCCCCUCCGCCUAUGAAUAAUGUCUUUACCAUGAUGAUGAGGCCAAAAAACAAAGCCUCGACCGAGUCUAGCCUGAAAACGAAGAAUUCUUCAGUAAUCUCGAAGACAGUUUCUAAAAGGAAAACGUCACCAACCAGUGAGGUGUCGGUAUCGAAAAGCGCUAAAUCCAGCCGACAGUCAACGCCGUCGAUUUCAUCAACGACUUCACGGCCUAGAGGACGCGCUCGAAAGAAUGUUUCUUACAAGGUACCAGAUGAUGUAGAUGAUGACAAGCUUGACGAUGAAGCUUUCGAAGACAUGUUGGCCAAGGAAUUGGAAGAUCAAGAAGAUGUUGACGAGGAACUCCAAGAUGAUGAUGAGAUGAAGCGAGCUGACACGCUCGAGCUGGCUAAGGCACAAAUUGCCAGUAAGAAGCUAGGAAAUCCGUUGAUGCAGUUACGGCUAGUCUGUAACUCUCCUCAUAAUUUCUACAAUCCCUGGGCUUACGACACCAGUGGGCCCGUCGACGAAAGCAUUGUGACCGCUUCUGGAAAGAUGCUUUUAUUAGAUCGACUAUUGCCUACAUUGUUCGAACGUGGUCACAAGGUGUUGAUCUUCUCGCAGUUCAAGACUCAACUAGACAUUUUGCAUGAUUACUGUUCCGAGCUUCGGAAAUGGAAUGUUUGUCGAAUUGAUGGAAGCGUAGCCCAAGACGAUCGGAGACAACAAAUCAAGGAUUUCAAUGAGGACCCUGAUUACAAAGUCUUUCUACUGUCUACUCGGGCAGGUGGUCAAGGCAUUAAUCUUGCAACUGCAGAUACCGUCAUUCUGUUUGAUUCUGACUGGAACCCACAGCAAGACCUCCAGGCUCAGGACCGAUGCCAUCGUAUCGGUCAAACACGCCCAGUCAUCAUCUACCGGUUUGCGACGAAAGGCACCGUAGAAGAAGAGCUCUUACUCAGUGCCGACGCAAAACGUCGAUUAGAGAAGCUCGUAAUCAAAAAGGGCGGGUUCAAGAACAUGAGCCAGAAGCUUGAUACAGCUGAAGAUAUCGAUAAAGAAACAUUGAAAGCCCUAUUGCUCAAAGACGGCGAGGUCUACAAGCACAGUGGUGGAGAUAAGAUACUCAGCAAAGAGGAUAUAGAAACCUUGUUGGACAGGAGCGACGCCGCGUUUGACAGAGCUGCUGCAGGCGCUGGUAAUACCGCCGGCUUUACGGUUGUUGAAACAGGCGCCGAUGGUAUAACGCAAGUCACCACUUCAUGA